ACCCACUCGCCCACUCACCCACUCCCAACCUACCACUCAUCUGAUCUCGCACUGACGCGACUGCUUCCUCACAGCUCAAUUCCAUCACCUCACACAGCAACCUUUCGAAGGAAUAAAUAAAUAAAUACUCUUCAUUCAAUCAAUCAUCACCACUCCCACACCUCACCGCAACCAUGCCCAAGGAGACCAAGACCAAGCGCGCCUCCAAGCCCAGAGGCGAGAAGAAGAAGAAGGACCCAAACGCGCCUAAGCGUGGUCUCUCCGCCUACAUGUUCUUCGCCCAGGAGCAGCGCGACAACGUGCGCGAGGAGAAUCCCGGAAUCUCUUUCGGCCAAGUCGGCAAGGUCCUCGGCGAGCGCUGGAAGGCCCUCAACGACAAGCAGCGCACCCCUUACGAGACCAAGGCGCAGGAGGACAAGAAGCGCUACGAGGACGAGAAGGCUUCCUACAAUGUAAGUGCCGAGAAGCCGGUCGGCGUCCGCAAACGUCCCAGCCGCACUGAUUGA